AUGUUCCCUUGCUAUUAUUUUCAGAAGGGGCAUUGCUUGAGAGGUGAUAAAUGCCCUUUCAUGCAUGGACCACAACAAACAGGUAAUCCUGUUCCACAGCAGGUGGUGAAGGUUUCUACACCUCCUCCUGAUCCAGUGUCAACCAUCAAGAAGAUUCAUGGGGUCUCAAGGAAUGUACUUCUCAGCAAAGCAUGGAUGAAGCAAAGUUUGACAAGUUACAAACUACAUUGCCUUAUGCAUCCGAAGAUGAGCUUCCUAGCUUCCAGCAAAGCAAUGUUCCUGUCGAUGGUGGCAUUGCUCUUGGCCAGCCCCGAUGUCAUCGUCUCAACAAUAAUGUGGAAGAGGUCUGAUUACUUCCAUGAUGAAGGUGGCUUUCGAAGAGCACCUGUUCAAGGAGGAAGGAAUCUGAACCAUGUAUCAUCAGAACAACAGAGGAUUUCCUGUGAGAGGAUUCUGGAUAGAGCAUCAAUGCCUGAAAAGAGAAUGCUGCAGAGAGAGAAGAGCUAUCAUGACAUAGAUGGGUCAGAUUUACGCCAUCGGUUAUUGAAGCGAAGAAGGCCAGAUGGUUCUAGAUCGGCUCUUAGUCCUGAUCGCUGCGGCAAACUCGAUCAGAGGGAUAACCAUGCUCGUCAUGCCCACAGGGGUGACCGACGUAUUCAUAUGGAAAGCUCCAUAAGCAGUCGUCUGCAAGGUCGAAUAACUCUCCCUGCAAGAUCUUUACCAGAUCGACCUACUGAUCUUGCGUUGCUGGUCCAAAAAAGUCUUGCAGAGCUCAAAGGUGCAAAGCUUUCGGAGAAUUUCCAAGAUCAGAAAAACAUCAAGUUGGGGAAAACUUUUGGCGAUCAAGAAUCUGAAGGUUCUUCAUUUGAGGGUCCAAAGCCUCUCAGUAUCAUUCUGAAGAGGAAGAGAGAGCCCGCUUCUGGAAAUGGUGCAAUUUCCAGCAAUGGGGAUAACAAUAAUCAGAGAGAUAUUGAAGGUGGGAUUGGUUCUUCCGUCACAGCAGCGACUGAGAAAGAAGGUGAUUAUGCUGCUGACUGCCUGCAGAAUCCAAGGUUACUGGAGUUGAUGAAGAGGAAGAAGAGGGAAUUAUCCCUGUAGAAGAAGAAUUACCUAACGAUGGUCAAACUUCAACUAAAGGAAAUACACAUGAAGUGGAAGUUGGCAUGACAGUGGGUGCUAUGGAUGAUCAGGAGCUGGAAAAUUAUGGCCAGAGAGAUGGAGAGUCUGACUGUGAGGCAGUUGAGGGUGGGGAAUUCAAACAAGAAGAUGCUGAGAAUGCAUAUCAGGAGGAUGAAGAGGAUGGACGAAGAUGACUUUGCUAAGAAGGUUGGUGCCAUGUUCUCUUGAAGACUCUGUAUUGGCUCUUUGAAUGCAUGAAGAGGCACCAGAGGCCAAUGAUGUCAACUUUUUGGGUCUUUUGGAGUUUCAUGGCACCACAACUGGAGUCUUUUUUAUCCUAUUUGGGUGGUUACAAGAAAAACCUCGCACGGGGAGAAGCUAGGGUAGUUUGAAGGUUGACCAUAUGCAUUGUAAUUUUUGUGGCUCUGCAGUUUUCUUUACUGGGGUUUUUUGGGAGCUUGAGUUGUAUUAGAUACCUAACAGAUAUUUAUUUGGUUUAUAUUUUAACCAGAUUAAUAAGAUUAUGAAUUACCCAAAAAAGGUUUGCUCCAGA